AUGCCGGGAUACUUCUGCUCGAAGCCUGCCGUGCUUCGUCCAGCCUCGACUCCCACGAGCAAGUCUGUAAAGUCUCUGAUACCCCAGGAGCCCGUGACCCUCAUGGAGCCGACCAUGCUGCAGGCUGGCCUGCAAGUGCAGCCGGUCCGGGCGCCGGCACCGCCCUGGACGCUCCAAAUGCCGGCGUCACCCAGCUCCCGGCUCUCCUACCCUUCCCACCCUUCCCCCUACAGCUUGGCGCCCACGGCCUCGACGGCCUCGACCGCCUCGGCGGCCUCUGCAUCGGCGGAGCCCGCGGAGCCCGCGGAGCCCGCGGAGUCAAAGCCAGCCCCGACCCCGCUUUGGCCUGAAGGUGGCGGAAAGAUCCGGCUACCUUGCAAGGCCCUGGAGGCAAAGCCCUCCCCACGCAGAGCCGAGGUGCCAGAGGACGCCGGAAGGUGUGAAGACCAGACGCCCUCCUCAGCGGCCCGUGAAGGCGUCCGGGUCGGGGUGCUCCGCAAUGUGGCCGCCAACUCGGCGGGCAAGAAGAGCUGCUGGCGCAGAGCCCUCCAGCUGCUGCCGUCUCAUGGUGAGGCCGGCGCCAAGAAUGCUCUGGUUGCCCAUGGCAUCGCCGUGGACUCGUGUGCCAGGGCGGCAUCCUGGGCACGAGCCCUACAGAUGCUCCAGUCCUGGGCCCUCCAGGGCCAGGAGGCCUCGCUUGUGGCGCUCGGGGCUGCGGCCCGAGGCCUUGCAGGCGACAGCUGCGACAGGUGGCGCCUGGCACAGCUCUUGGCCUCGGAGGCACCCAGCAUCUUCGUCAGCAACGCGGUGCUGGCUGCGUGCUGCCGUGCGAGGCUGUUGCAGCAGAGCCUGCGGCUGCUCUCUGCGAUGAAACAGGAUGGACCAGAACCAGACGUGGCCAGCUACAACACCAUGUUGGGCCUGUGCGCUGAGGAAGGUCAUGUGGCAAAGGCAGGUGCCUUGUUGAGGGAAGCCAGACACCAGGGCCUGCAGGGCCUCUUGAUGCACAACUUGGCCCUGAAGGCAUCCCUCAGUGCUUCCUCUUGGGAACGUGCAGCAGGGCUGCUGCUGGGCAUGUCGGUGGACCGAGUCGCAAGUGACGACAUCUCCACGGGCACCGCGAUUGCCUCAUGCGCAAGGGGAAGACGCUGGCAGCUUUGCAUCCGGCUGCUGCGGACCCUCCCCUUCCGGGAGUUGCCAUGGCAGGCAACUCCAGGAAGGACGGUGGCUUUCAGCACAGCAGGAUCUGCAGCCAUCCAGGCGAUGGCCUGGUCUUGCGCCCAAGAUUUUCUGGACGACCUCCGCUGCAGCCAUCUGCAAACCGACACAGAUACUUUUGCAGCAUUCUCCACGGCCUGCAUGGCAGCUGCUGCGGGUGCCGCAGAUGCGCAGGGAGGCCCUCGAAGCAGAAGGACCUGGAGGAUCUGGCCCCUGGCAGCAGCACUGCUGUGCAUCUGCAAGCAGCGACACGGCGUGGCUCCUGACACCUCGGUUGGGCCCGCCAUUACCACCUUCAGCAGGUCGAGUCGGUGGCCGAAGGGCGUCCAGCUGCUUGCAGGCCUGAGGGCAAAUGGGCUCCGGCCGCAUCUGAUCUGUUUCAACUCCGCCGCGAUGAGCACCUGGCGUGCGGUUUCUUCCGCGCUCUCCGGCAUGUGCGCGGGGGCCCUGAGGCCGGACGUGGCCUCCUGGAACGCGCUCUUAGUGGCCAACCCCUGGGAGCAAAGCACGCAGAGCCUUGAAGUCAUGGCAGCUUUGCAGGUGGAGGUGGACCAGGUGGCCGUCAGCACCCGCCUGGGAGGCAUGAACGCGGCGCCUUGGAGGAAAUCCCUCGCGGCCCUCUGCCGGGCGUCCGCGGGCUCCGUUGACGGCAUCCUGGCUGCCGUGCUCUUGCGCGGCUGCGCGGCCCGGCGCUCCUGGCAAGAGAGCUUGCAGCUACGGGCCUCAUUGGAGUGGGGGGGCUCCGAUCUCAGAUCCGACGCAGGACUGCAAGACGCGGCGCUGGCGGCGCUGCAGGAGGGCUCCGCCUGGCAGCUGAGCUCCCACGCGCUCGGCGCCUUCGCGGCCCGGCGCCACGAGCCUGGGCCGAUGGCGCUCAGCGCCGCCGUCACCGCCUGCGGCGCCACCGGGAGGUGGGGCCACGUCUGCGUCCUCCGAAGGUUUUGGGGCGCUGGCCUGCAGCUGAGCGUGUGUUCUGGUUGCUUCCUGGAACUGCUGGAGUUCGCGCAGCAGUCGCAGUCACGGGCAACGGAGGUGGUUCGCGAGUUUGCUGCCAGGGCGCAGAGUUUCGCGCUGGCACCCUGA